CAGAGAAAAGGACACACACGUUUAACUUCGGCUUCAGGAAACUGAACGAGAGGUAGAAAUGUGGCGGGAUUUAAACUUUUCAUAAAGUUUAAAGAUACUGAAAGAUAUUGAGAACCUGUUGGAAGCAGACUGAGGGAGAAAGAGAGAAACAUCCGCUCCUUAAUCCUCGGCAGCACCUGAUCUAAACAUGAUGGAGGAAGUGCUAUUUGUGGAUAAACAUCAUAUAGCACUAGUCCAGAGAGUAAAAAACAUUGAACCAAUUCUGGAUGGACUGCUCUCAUAUAAAGUUAUCAAUAGAGAACAUUAUGAGGAAAUCCUAUCCCUCCAUGGCCCUCGGGAGAAGAUGAGGGCUCUCCUAAGUGGGCCUUUGAGAGUCUGUGGACCUGGAGGAAAAGAGAUAUUCUACAAACUGCUGAGAGAACAUGAGUCACAUCUCCUCGAUGGCCUUUGUGAUGACUCUGAGAAAUAUAAGAAGAAUAAGAAACACAUGGAGGUAGAAAGCAUGAUGGCUCAGAAGAUACUUCUUGAAUCAUUGAAUGAUUUGAGUUCAGAUGAGCUUAACCAAUUCAAGUCACUCAUUGAAUUAGAGGAAAGUUUCCCACGGAUCCUAAGGGGUCGACUCAAAGCGGCAAACACAGAUGAAACAGUGGAUCUGAUGGUGAAGACGUUCAGCGGAAAGUGUGUGAAUAUGACCAAAACGGUUUUAAAGACGAUGAACAGGACUGAUCUGGUGCAGAGAUUGUCAGACAUCAGCUCAGGAACCAAAGCGGAACCGCUUCCUUCUCUGAUCCAGAGCGUGGAAACGAUGGCGUCUGUCAUAGAGCUGCUUCUGGAAACACUGAAAGAUUUGAGUGACCAGGAUUUACAGAGUUUUAAGAGGGUCCUGCGUCAAAUUCUCUCUGACAGAGGCUACCCAGAUAUCUCAUCAAGUUGGCACAUGAUGAGAGACAGGCAGAACAUGGUGUUUUAUUUGGUGCAAGAUCACAGCCAGCAAAGACUGCUGGAGAUGACCACUGAGGCUUUUGAGAAGAUGAACAGGACUGAUCUGGUGCAGAGGCUGUCACAAAGCAGCUCAGGACCCAAAAAGGCACAGCGACCUGCAGGGAUCCAGAAAGUAGCAACAAUGGCAGCUGUUAAACAUCUGCUUUUGGAAACUCUGAAUGAUUUGAGAAACGAGGAUCUAGAGAAAUUCAAGCAGACCCUGGAUUUAAUUGUCUCCAAGAAGAAGCCGGGAUAUGUUUCAUGUAGAUCCUCACCAGGCAGAGCUGAAACAGUGGAAAAGAUAAUACAGAUCUUCGGCCAACAGUGUGUAGAGAUAACCAUGGAGGUGUUGAAGAACAUUAACAGGAAUGAUCUGAGGCAGAGGUUGACAAAGCCCAGCUCAGAACUCAAAGAGAUGUACUCUGUGGAUGAACAUCGACCUGCACAGUCCGAGGGAGCACAAAUUGCAGCAGAGAAACCGAUCCUUUUGGAAACUCUUAAGGAUUUGAGUGUUCCUGAGCACCACAGAUUUCAGUGGUAUCUGCCGUUCACGUCCUUCCAGAAGAGCAUAUCCUACCUCUUUCAUGGAUAUCCCAAUUCGACAGAAAGUGCACUCCGUCUAGUGGAUCAGAUGGUGGAGACCUGUGGUCCGCAGUCUGUGGAGGUGACCAGGGAGGUUUUAAUGGACAUGGACAGAACUGAUCUAGCAGAGAGAUUAUCAGAGACUAUCUUAAGACUCAAAGAUAAACAUCCGUCCAAACCACCGAAGGAGGAAGUAACCGUGACAUCACUGGAGGAGAAGCUUCUGGAAACACUGGAAGAUUUAAGUCACGGAGAGCUCGAGAAAUUCAAGCGUGGCCUCCAAAGAAUCUCAAGUCAGAGAUUAGAGACGGCGGGGAGAGUUGAGAUUGUGGAUCUGAUGGUGGAGAUCUACGGCCAACAGUCUAUGGAGGUGACAAUGGAGAUUUUAGAGAAGAUGAAAGAAGAUUAUAGUCUGGAGCAAAAGUUAUCAAACAUCACUUUAGGAUCCAAAGGGGCUUCAAGAAGCUUGGAUCUUGAGGGUAUCGGAAAAAUGACGAAGGACUCCAGUGGCUGGACUAAACUUGAACCUGAGGUGAACAGUACAGAUGAAGAUGAGGCAUCAACUUACAGCCUAAAGUCUGAAGCGGGAAACUUUGAAUGCAGUGUCUCAGGCUUGCGCUGGGUCUGUCAGGACAAGGUCAGCUUUAAGUACCAGUUUUGCUCUUCGGAGGAACCCAUGAAGAGGAUGGAAAUGAUGAGAUACAUGCCUGCAGGUCCCCUGAUAGACAUCACAGUGAUUUCUGGGAAGUUAUUUGAAGUGUACCUGCCACACUGGAUCUGCAUAGAUGAAAUCCCUAAAGUAUUGCAAAAGUUUGCAGUCCUGCACAUAGAUGACUGUGGAGAUGUUGUGGAAACAGUGUCUGAAGUCACAUCGUCCCAUGUCAAGCUGUCUGAACCAGUUUUCUCUCCAAGAGCGGUCCUGAUGAAAAUGGGCUUUCCAGUAAAAAUACGCUGUAACGUGUUGAUUUAUUCAAAAGCCUACGAAUCCGACACCGUUCUUCAUGUUUACCUGAUCCCGCUCGAUCCUGCUCUUAAAGAGGCCAUCGACAAGAUGAAAAAAGACUUCAAAUGUAUCUACAAGCCAUGCACAAACAAGGGCCUGCCGCUGCACCAAGAUUUCAACCUCACAGCAGGCAUAACGGCCAAGAUUCGCCCAGAGGAAAUAACCCUCAGAAAUAGUAGCCAAAGCUCAAUAUUCUUUGACGUGCACUUUAAGAAUCCAAUCAGUGACUUCGACCUUACACUCUCACAACUUAACAAAGGGAAACGCAAACCACGGUGUGAACGAGUAUGGAGCUAUCAGAUUCUGAAAGUUGAGUUACGAAACUCUGGUGAUUCAGAUGUGAAAGAGACAGGUGGACAACCCUCCAUUUCUGGUCCAGUGGAUAAGGAAUCUACGGGUGGACCGUCCUCAGAAAAUGAAUCAAGGGACACUGCUGGACCCUCAGCUGGAGAGACAGCUCAAUACACCAUGGCAGACGGUGAGCACUUUGUGGAUAAACAUAGGACCGAGCUGAUCAAGAGAGUGAACUGCGUUGCAGACAUUUUGGAUCAGCUCCUUGAUGAAAAAGUCAUCACUCCAUCGAUUUACGAUGAAAUCAUGGAAAUCCGGACCACUCAGAAGCAGAUGAGGGAACUCUUCAGUGGUCCCCUGAAAUCAGCAGGGCCUCAUGGCAAAUAUGUCUUCUACAGAAUCCUUGAGAAAGAGGAGAAAUGUCUCAUUGAUGACCUAAAGGGAAAUAAGUGAAUGUUGUGGAUAAAUCAUUGUUCAGACUAAUCGUACAUUGUGCCUCAAGAAAAAAAAGCGUCUUAAACGAUUACAAUGGGGAAAUAGUAAUGUAAAUGUCUCUGUGGGGGGUUCUAUCAAAUAUAGCUUUUGCACCUUCAUGUUUAAUGCUCUUGCCCUUUUUUUACACUUCGACCAGUCAUAUUUUGUAAAAUGAAUACGUUUUCCUGUAAGGUUAAAACCAGAUUCAGCAAACCAUGUAAGUCAUUCAUGUGAUGUAAUGAUGUAAGAAAUGAUUUAGCGUUCUCACCUGCAUGUAAUGUUUGAAUCCAGCAAAUCCCAGAUGGAUUGAGUCAGCUUUGAACCUAUUUUUUAUAAAUGAAAGGAUGCUUGAUCCUGAAUGAUUAUCCUUAGGCUUUGCAUGCAGAUUUUAAUUUUGAUUAUUGUCUUAUGUGCUAAACGAUUCCAUUGUUGUGUGUUCCCUCAUGAAAACAUCUUUACCUUUGGAGGCCAAUGUUUUCUAUUUCGAAAUACAUUUUCAAUAAACUCUUAUAAAUAUUA